AAAAUAGGACAUAAUAAUAAAUAGAUCUGGAUGAUUCUAAAUUCUAACCAUUAAAAUGCAAUAUGCUUUGAAACUUCAUUUGAUUAAUGGGUACUAAAUAAUUGGAAAACGAUAAUAGAAUCAGUCAAUUCAUGGGGUGUUUGUGGCUUUUUAGAUUGUAAAUUAGGGUACCGCGAUUUUAAUCAGAACAAGAAGCUGAUUAGACCAGGUGUAUCUAUCUCUCCAAUAUAUUUCGCUUGGGGGUCUAAAAACGCGUUCGCCAAUAAAUCUGAUUGCGAGCUAUCACAAGAUAGAUAAUAGUCAAAAGGCUAUAAAAGCUGGGAUUCCGAACCACUCGGACCAUAGUAGAGCUAUGAAAGGAGGAACGUUAAAAGUAACUAUAUUACUGGUCGGUUUGGGCCUAGUAUUGGCCGGUACUCGUCCGAUUUCUGAUUGCGGAGAGCGUAUAGAAGAUGAUGGCUAUCCGAUGGAGCGCCACGUGGUGACCACCAGUGACAGCUACAUCCUGACCAUACACCGCAUCCCGUAUUCCCCCAAAACAGGAGACACUCCGAAUCGUCCGGUGGCCUUCCUCAUGCACGGAAUGCUGAGCUCCUCCUCCGAUUGGGUUCUCAUGGGUCCGGAGAGGUCUCUCGCCUAUAUGCUGGCGGAUGCCGGUUACGAUGUGUGGAUGGGCAAUGCCCGUGGCAAUACCUAUUCCAAGGCGCACAAGUACUGGCCCACUUACUGGCAGCUCUUCUGGAAUUUCAGUUGGAACGAGAUUGGCAUUUAUGACGUGCCGGCGAUGAUUGACUACGUGCUGGCGAAGACUGGUCAGCAGCAAGUGCAGUAUGUGGGCCACUCACAGGGCACCACUGUCUAUCUGGUGAUGGUGUCUGAGAGACCCGAGUACAAUGACAAGAUCAAGUCCGCCCAUCUUCUGGGUCCCGCAGCAUAUAUGGGCAGCAUGAAGAGCCCGAUGACGCGGGCCUUUGCGCCCAUUCUCGGCCAGCCCAAUGCCAUCGUAGAGCUCUGCGGAUCCAUGGAGUUUAUGCCCAGCAGCAAGUUCAAGCAGGAUAUGGGCAUUGAGAUGUGCCAGGCCACUUCUCCCUAUGCCGAUAUGUGCGCCAACGAGAUCUUCCUGAUUGGAGGCUACGAUUCCGAACAGCUGGACUAUGCCCUUCUUGAACACAUCAAGGCCACCUCUCCAGCUGGUGCCUCCGUAAACCAAAACCUGCAUUUCUGUCAGGAGUACAACUCUGGAAAGUUCCGUAAAUUCGACUACACUGCUCUUCGCAAUCCCUAUGAAUAUGGAAGCUACUUCCCUCCGGAAUACAAGCUAAAGAACGCCAGGGCCCCAGUUCUAUUAUAUUACGGAGCCAAUGACUGGAUGUGUGACGUAAGCGAUGUCCGCAAGUUAAGAGACGAACUACCCAACAUGGCACUGGAUUAUUUGGUGCCCUUCGAGAAAUGGGCUCAUCUGGAUUUCAUUUGGGGCACUCAGGCCAGGAAAUAUGUGUACGACGAGGUCUUAAAGCAGAUGCGAUCCCACGAGUAGGUUUAUUUUUCUGCAAUAAAGUGAACAUAUACAGCA